AAUCACCUUUGUUUUGUGGGAGUGGGCGAAAACCCACCUAGUCUUCGUUAGGGGUGCCUGGGUGACCGAGCGCACCUGAGGCGUUCAAUGGGCGUCCAUUUUUUCUUUUUUUGAGUUGCCCAAAUCUGAAAUUUCCUGAUCAGGGGCCGUUUGUCUGAAGAAGAUGAAGUCGCUAGCGCCUUUUCUUUUCUUUUUUUUAAUAUUUUUUUCUUUUAGGUUUAAAAUGACCCUACUUUGCUAACAUUUAUUAUCCCACUAUCUUCCUUUAUGUUCACUUUUUGUUUUUUAUAUUAUUCUUUUCUCAUAUUCAAAAUAGAUAAGCAUCUUUUAGUUUUAGUUUUUAUUAUUUUUUUAAGAUAAAGAAGCAUAUUUUCUUGGAUAUUCUACCAACAGGAAAAAAAGAUAAACAUAUGUUUGUUUUUAAUUUUUUAACGUUAUAUUAUUUAAAAGAUACAUUAUCUUAUCCUUAUUUUUUUUGAGACUACAUAUCUUACUCAAAUAUUACUCAAAACUCUCAUAAUUCAUAUAAAUAUGCACUUACUUAAGACUAAAAAUGUUUGAUUUCCACCCUAUUUGUUUGAUUGUUGAUUAAUGUGAUUGCUUGGUUAAAUUUGUUUGUGAUGUGAGUUCAAUUUGUUUGUGACAUGUGCACUUUUGAAUAACAAUGAAUAUUUAUUUUACAAAGUAUUAUAUUUUUAUAUAUUAUAUAUAAUUCUGUAUAAUAUAUAUUAAUAAAAUUUAGGUCUCGUGAGGCUUCGCCUCAUGCCUCAAGGCUUUCGCCUAGACGGGACCAUCCAUGAGACGCCUCGUCCACGCCUCCGCCUUUUAAAACAUUGAUAUAAAGAAGUACAAUGCCCCAAGCUCAGUGAGAAACCACUAAGAAAAUAACCUGCAGAAUCUCGAAAAAUCCCACCACAUGCCGCAAGACUCGGGUUACCUUUAGUAAGGUCAUCUAUAUUCACUUUGACCCAACAAAAUGGAGGAAGUGUCAUCAGGUAUAUGAUUGGUUACGUGUCAUUGAAAAGAAAAACAUGCAGUUAACUGAAAACAUCAAGGGGAUGAUUCAAAUACUUUGCAUGAUAUUCAUUAAUUAGUGCCUCGUUUACAAAAUCUGUUAAAAACCCUCGAAUAUCAAAAUGUUGGCCAAAAAAUAUGAAAGCUGCAUCCCAAGCAGCUCUCACUGUAGUGGCUUGAGAUCGAUUCUAACUUGAGUAACUUGAGAUGAGGAUGGUCGGAAACACCAACAUGCAGAGGUGCGUCAAAAGUUCUGUCCAAAAAAAUGUUUGCUAACACAUGUUGUAUUUGCUAAGUGUAUAGUAGCAGAAAAUUCCUCUUCGACAUAUAUGCAAACCUCGCACCGUAUGCUCUUUGUUCACUCAUGAGCCAUGUUACAACAUCAUCCAUAAAAUUGUAUUUUUGUACAAAAUCUUGUUGUUUUAUGUUUAAUAUUUGUGGGUGCCUUUAAAACUUUAGCUUUAGUAUUCAACAAAUAUUACGCUGACAUCUUGUUCAAAUCUUGUUGGCGGUGUGGGGGUUGGCGAGCUGUUGGAAGCGGCGGAAGCAGUCUCUCAAGUCUUGUUCAAAUCAAAUUAUUAGUCAAUUUUGAUCUCAGCCAACUUUGCUUUGCAACAGGUACAAUUCUCGUUGCCUCUAAUUAAUUAAUUAUUUAUAUAAACAGAGCAUUUUUUUACAAAAUAAAAAAAAAUAUUUAUCUAAUUUUGAUUUAAUUUGUUAUUAUCUUCAUAUUAAAAAGUAUUUAAAAUUUAUUUUGUUCUAUGAAAAAUAAAAAAUAAAAAUAAAUGCUUUGUCAGUAAAAGCUGUCAUCAGGUAUAUGAUUAGUUGCAUGUCAUUGAAAAGAAAAAUAUCCAGUUAAUUGAGAACAUCCAGGGUGGAUUCCAAUAUUUUGCAUGAUAUUCAGUACUGUCUCGUUUGCAGAAUCUGUUAAAAACCCUCGAAUCACACACUAUUGUAAGUAAUGAAAUCUACAAGUCAAAAUCUUAGUGUUGUAAAUUAUAAAACAUGCAGCCCAGCUCUCACUGUAGUUUGUAAUUGUUGCAUUAUUACCCUUUAGAUUCUAACUUGGGAUGAGGAUGAUUGGGGACACCAACAUGCAGAGGUGUGUCAAAAGUUCUAUCCAAAAAAAAAACAUUGCUACACACGUUGUAUCUGCUAAUUUUGGCAACACAAUAGAUUCCUUCAGGGGUGGAGAUUAGAUUACGGCACUUUGGUUCUUGAAUACAUACCAGAAUUUCUUCCAAGAUUUUUAAAUCAGAAGCAUUCACUCACAUGAACUUUGUCAAUGUAUCUUAAAAGCAUAAAUCGAAACUCGGACAGAUUUCCCCCAUUUUAACUUUUGAACACAGACCUCGGCAUCAAAAGUGUCAGAACUAAAUUAUACACAAUGCUCGGCAACAAAUUCUCAGACUCAAGUUCAAAAAGGAUGUGAUCGGAGACACCAACAUGCAGAGGUGCGUCGUGUGAGUGCUCGUUAACUGUUGGUUGCCGAAAAAUCUCCCUCGGCAUUUAUGCGAAAACCUGCGCACCGUAUGCUCUCUAUGUGCUAAAUGGGACCCCUCUCACAAGCCCUUGUCUAGUACUCUCUGCAAAUUUAGAUCAUGUAUUAGGUCAGCAUACUUGUUUUUUCUUUGGCAUCUGCAAACUAGCUCCCUAUUCACUCAUGACUCAUGCUGCAACAAUAUCCAUAAAAAUGUUAUUUUAUGGAAAACUUCUUUUGUGUUUAAUCUUUAUAGUUAUCUUCAAAACUUUAACUUUACUAUUCCAAUCUAUUCUUAAGAAAAUUAUUCCAAUCUAUUUUCAGAAGUGGUUAACAAUGAAAGCUGAAGUUCCUGAUAAUAUAAAUUUUAAAAUAGUCAAUCAUGAUUAGCCCUCUCUAUACAAUAAUUUUUCGUGUGUGCUCAAAGUAUGUUACAAAUAUGGCUCGGAAAGAUUUAGGUAAAACUAUUAAUUAUCGAGUGAUGUUAUCCUAUCAGUGAUAGAUUUUUUUCAUAGGUUGCCCAACCUUGCACCGUCAGAUCGCUCUCUCAUUUUCUCUCUCUUGUCAGCUAAUUUCGUAAAUGGCCUAACAUAAACUAGUAUAUAUUACUCCAUAUCUUUCUGUUCUUUACUUUCUUCUCCUACCUUCUAUUUUGAGGUGUCUAUGUGAGAGCGAAAGAUUUAUCCUCUCUCCCUUACCAUACAGCUAUAUAGCUGGCCUGCUAGGUUUCACAAAAUAGAACAGGAAAGGGGCAAGAAUUUUUUAUUAUUUUUGCAUAGUUAAAUAUGGGGAGAGUGAAGCUUCAGAUCAAAAGGAUUGAGAAUACAACCAAUAGGCAAGUCACUUUCUCAAAAAGAAGAAACGGGCUUAUCAAGAAAGCCUAUGAACUCUCUGUUCUCUGCGAUGUUGAUGUUGCUCUCAUCAUGUUUUCUUCAUCUGGGAGACUUAGUCUCUUCUCUGGAAAUAAAAGCAUUGAAGAGACUCUGGCACGGUAUAUUAAUCUUCCCGCCAAUCAGCGAGGACGUCAGCAUAAUCAAGAGUUUCUCCAAAGCGUUCUUGGUAAAUUGUGGAGGGAAGCUGAUCAAACCUAUCAAGCAACCAGUCCGAUGAGUGGUACUGAUUCGGAUCAACUGGAGGAGAUUCAACAAGACAUCGUAUGCUGCAAAUCACAAUUGGAAGAAAUGGGAAAUCGACUAAGGAUCUUUGAAGGAGAGGAUCUCUCUGAAAUCAGGACAUUGCAUGACGCUGAGUACCGGGAACAGAUCCUUGAGGAAACUCUAAAACGUUUGCGCGUGCGCAAGCAAGUUCUGGAGGAGUAUGAUUCUUCUGCUACAAUACUACAGCUACCUACAGCUACAACAAAUAUACAUGAACUUGUUACAGGAAGUCCACACAAUAUUCUAGUUGAUUGGCUUCUACAAGGAGAUCCACAAGUUCAGAUUGUAAACUUUUUGAAUUCAAAUGGCUCUCUUCCCCUAAGGAUUAGAGAUCAGCCAGCUGAAAGUAGAUUUGACGCCAUAGCUUCCCAAUCAGCACUUGUUAGCGGACAAAAUAGGAGUGUUGAUGAGCAUCGCAGCACAGGAAAUGGUUUGGAGGAUGACAAUAAUGGUUUGCAGCGUCAAGAAUUAGGACAAGUUAUUGAUGUCAACUUUUCCGCGUGGAAGGAUUUCUAUCCGACAGCUUCUUCAAGUGGACGAGGACUCUAUAUGUCAUCACAGUUCAAUCCACCACCAAGCAUCUUGCACCCCAAUCAAGAUCAAAACCAACUUUGACAUUUUGUAUAUAUAUUGUGGUUACAACUCGCAUGAUUUUACUGCCUUUCCUUCGAGUCUUAUUACCAUGUUGAAAGUCAAUACAGAACUGUAAGAAUCCGUAAUGAACUUUUCCCUUGUUGCUAUCA